AUGGAGCAGGAAUCAAUUCUAGAGGAGCUUCUUUUAAAGAAGUCGCAACAGAAGAAAAAAAUUUCACCAAUUAAUUACAAAGAACGACUGUUUGUUCUCACGAAAACAAACCUCUCUUACUAUGAAUAUGACAAAGAGAAAAAAGGAAGCAAAAAAGGAUCAAUUGCCAUUAAGAAAAUUCGAUGUGUUGAGACAGUGAAUCAGGAGGAACAGGCACCUUUGGAGAGACAAUAUCCAUUUCAGAUUGUAUACAAGGAUGGUCUUCUCUACGUCUUUGCAGCAAAUGAAGAGAGCCGAAACCAGUGGUUGAAAGCUUUACAUAAAGAGAUUAAAGACAAUCCUGAUUUACUAAACAAGUAUCACAAAGAAUUCUUUACCAAGGGGAAGUUUCUCUGCUGCAACCAGGCAUGUAAAGCAGCCCCUGGAUGUACCAUCUGGGAGAAAUUUAUAGAUAUGAGUCUACCUAGCAGAACCAGCUCUAUGAAACCACUGCCUCCUGUCCCUGGGAAACUGCUGAAGCAUGACAGUCUGCCUCCAGUUCUAGCAUCUGGUAAAUCCUCGCUGAAGAUCACUGUGGCAGAGUAUGACUAUGAAGCCAAAGGAAACGCUGAUAUACAGCUUGUCAGGAACAGCAAGUAUUAUGUUCUGAAAGAAGAGGAUCCUGACUGGUGGCAAGUAAGAGACAUGGAAGGGAAUGAAGGCUUCGCACCAAGUCCCUAUCUGAAAGAGAUCUCCCUAGAUGAUGAUGAACCAGGGGGAAACACCGGUGGAAGCGACCAUUCAUCAGAAGACGAGGAGAGCAUCACUAAGCAUCAUUGGUACGCUGGUGAUAUCUCCAGGGCCCAGGCAGAGCAACUGCUACGACAGAAGGAGAAAGAAGGUGCUUUUAUGGUUCGAAAUUCAAGCCGAAUGGGCAAGUACACCGUGUCCGUAUUCAGCAAGGCUCUUGAAGAUAAAAAAGGAACUGUCAAACAUUACCAUGUGCACACAAACUACGAAAACAAAUAUUAUCUGGCUGAAAAUUACUGUUUUGAUUCAGUUCCCCAACUUAUUCACUAUCAUCAGCAUAACUCAGCAGGUAUGAUUACAAGGCUUCGGCAUGCUGUGACUACGAAAGCAAAUAAGGUCCCAUCCACAGCAUCCUUAGGAAAUGGGAUCUGCGAGCUGAAACGAGAGGAAAUCGUCCUGCUCAAGGAAUUAGGAAGUGGCCAGUUUGGAGUGGUACAGCUGGGAAAAUGGAAGGGAAAGUACGAUGUUGCCGUUAAGAUGAUUAAAGAAGGAUCAAUGUCAGAAGAUGAAUUCAUUGAGGAAGCUCACACCAUGAUGAAACUUAAUCAUCCCAAACUUGUUAAGCUCUAUGGAGUUUGCACAGAGACAUAUCCUAUCUAUAUAGUGGCAGAAUAUAUGGCUAAUGGCUGCUUGCUUAACUACUUGAGGAGUCGUGGAAAGGAACUGCAACCCUCUCAGCUGCUGGAAAUAUGUUAUGACAUUUGUGAAGCUAUGACUUUCUUAGAGAGCCAGCAGUUCAUUCAUCGAGACUUGUCUGCUAGAAACUGCUUGGUUGAUAGUGAUCUUACUGUGAAGGUGUCUGACUUCGGGAUGGCUAGGUAUGUUCUGGAUGACCUGUAUAUAAGUUCAUUAGGAACUAAGUUUCCAGUGAAGUGGUCAGCACCAGAAGUUUUUCAUUAUACCAAGUUUAGCAGCAAGUCGGAUGUAUGGGCCUUUGGGAUCUUAAUGUGGGAAGUGUUCACUUUGGGAAAGCAACCCUAUGAACUGUAUGAUAACUUACAAGUGAUUGAGAAGGUUUCUGAGGGAUAUCGUCUUUACCGACCACAACUGGCCUCAGAGACCGUCUACCAGUUAAUGUAUAGCUGCUGGCAUGAGCUUCCAGAAAAGCGCCCCACAUUUCAGCAACUCCUAUCAAUUAUUGAGCCACUCAGAGAAGAUGACAAGUCUUGA